CAUACAUGUGCCACUGUCACUUAGUCAGCUGACUGUCAUGUGGCAAUGGCAAAAAUGUGUAGUGAAAGCCUAAACAUUUCUAAUCCGUACAUUUUCUGAAUAUUUAAUAAAAUAAGCAAAUAGAGUUUAAAAAAAUAGCAAAAAUGACUACACACAUCGGUCAAAUCAAGCAUUCUCAAGUGUCAGUGGCCCCCUCAAAGGCGUUUUUGGAUUACAUCAGAUCCAUCAAGGCACUAGAUGAAGACAUACCCUUAGGUUUACAGAAUAUCAUAUGUAAAAAUAAGUCGAAGGACUCGCCAACAGUCAAGCAACCCAAGGGGGGAUAUCUUAUAUCUGACAAAGACAAGAAAUUCAUCAGUUCCUUAGAGUUGCCUGAAGGAAAGCAACUUUGGAAAGAUUUGCCCCUAAAACCCCAAACAUCACUUCCUGAUGAUACGUUAUUAACUUUACAAGACCUUCACUGGCUCUUCAGGCAUAUACAAGCAGAAAAUCGGACAUGCGACGCCAACAGCAAAGUUUACUUACAUGAGCUAUUGGAAAACUCUGAAAUUGUUUUACCGAAAAAUGAGGAAAUCCCCAGAAACCGAGAGCUGGAAAAAAGAUGCCAAAAGCUCAAAGCUGAACAACAAAACAGGGAGUACCAAAACAUGACUAAAAAUGUUGACGGGUUUAGAAGGAAGUUGCCUGAAGAUACUAUAAGCUAUCAACUGAAGAUGAUGAAUACUCAUCUCAUAGCAGUAUUUCAAUUUAUAGUUUCUGUUCUGGCAGGAUUUGCGUUUGGUUUCAUCGGAAUUGAGCUGCUAGUUGGCAGCUUGGACUUCGGAUUCAGACUAAUGCUGGGUACAAUUUGUGCACUUGUUAUUGCAAUUGCAGAGUUGUAUUUUCUAGCAAAAAAACUCAACGAAGACUUGGAGUUUGAGACCAAAGCUAAGAAUGCCCAUGUUAAGGUAAACUGACCCAAUACACAAACAAUGCAGGAUUUACAUGAGAACUUAAUGCCUGGAUACGUAUCGAAUUUUGUAUUUUCUUUUUAUGCCAAGUGCAGAAACUAAUAUUAAUCAUUUAGCUUUAUUAGCCAGUGCUUUACAAUAAACCAACUAUACUCACG